AAGCUUAUCAAUUCCUCCGAGUUGCCCAUAAGCUGCCCUGAUUAUCACUCUGACGGCCCGAAACCUCUCAUACGAUACAUACUACAUACGGUGUCUUGUCUCCGUGCCAGCCAUGCGUGAUCCUCGCAUAUAUCUAACGCGCAGCAAAAGUUGCAGCGAGAGAAAUAGAAACAAAGACGAACCUUUCAGAGUUCUUUUUCAAAACUUACGUUCUCUAUCCCCGGCUCUCGUCCCCCCAUCAACUCGGACCUAGGAUAUCCUAGUCAACUAGUUGCUCGACAAACCGCUGGUUAAUAAUUCUGUCAGAUGGCUACACAACGCCAGCAAAAACUUAUUGUUCUCCUCCUCGCUCUACUGUGUAUCGUGCUACCCAUUCAUGCUCGCUCUGCUUCGAACACUCCUCAUCUCGCAGAUCCUUUUGCGGACCCAAAGCAUGACCCAUAUAAUCCGCUAAAGUACAUAGCCUCCAAUACGCUGACGGCGAUUGCGUUCACGCUUGUUAUGGUAGUGGCCCUUACGCAAUCGUAUUGGACGUAUCGCUUCGGUGCAAAGUGGAUGUUAUCAAUGGUAAUUGGGGAAUACACCUUCGCACUUGGCAUCGGAACUCGCUUCGGGUUGCAUUACCAUCCAGACUCUGAACCAAUAUACAUAAUAGAGUAUCUUUUCGUGGUUUUAUCGCCUUGCGCAUUCAUAGCGGCGAAUUAUGUCCUCUUAGGCCGUAUGGCUCGUCAUACCGGGUGUUCGAAACACCUACUCAUCCCCGCCAACAGGAUCACAAAGAUAUUUGUCGCAUCAGAUGUGACAACGUUUUUAAUCCAGGCUGCUGGUGGAGGGCUGUUAGUAUCCACAAAUCCAUCAACGGCUUUGACAGGAUCACACAUAUUCCUAGCAGGCCUAGUCCUGCAACUCGUAUCGUUCUUUUCGUUUAGCUGUCUUUUCUGUUUUUACAUAUACCGAGUGUACACAAGUGAACCUGAAGUGUGGACGCGUGACACCAAGGGGGUAGCGAAGAAGCCAUGGUUCAGGGACUGGCGUACGUUGGCAGGCGCACUGGGACUUAGUUGCAUCGGGAUACUUAUCCGUUCUGUUUACCGUGUCGCCGAGCUUUCGCAAGGGUUCCAGGGGUAUCUCGCCACCACAGAGGCGUUCUUCUAUGGGCUGGAUACGCUACCUCUUUUCAUCGCGAUUUCUGUGUACGUGCCAUUUUGGCCCGCGUUCUUCAUUCCUCCAGUACAGAGAACGGAGGUAGAAGUGAGCAAGGAAGCAGAAAGGGAUAGCACAGAGGGAGUUUAGCGGGCUGCGACCUAGACGUGGUGGCAUCAUAGGGGAUAACGGGCCGCUUUUAUUGGGCGCCAAGUGUUUGGGUGCUUUCUUUUACUUUCACGAUUCAUGAUUAAUGAGCAAUCCUGCAUGCUACUGUAAGGCUUGUUUACAAAUGGACAUAUACAGGUGUAGAAUACGAUACUGUAAAUUGAAAACGAUAUAGAAGACGUGUCACAGAGUUGCU